CGGGCGGUCGCGUCCGUCGGCCCUAACCUCCAACCUAGGUCGGUUCAACCAAGCCCGUUUCCACCGCACGCACCCAAACCUCAACCGCCGGCACGAGCUCGCCCCACCAACCAAGCGCAACUCGAGAGCCCCGGAGCCACCGCGACUUCGGGUCGAGGAACCGCGAGACCCCGACGAAUCCCUCCCCCGCGACUUCCUUCCUUCCCUCAUUCGUCGACCGCGUUCCUCGGCGCUCCAGCCCCAGCUCACCGGCGGCGAAGGCUCCCUCGAAUUUCGCUGGUAUUUUUUUGGGGGGGCGCCUCCCGCGGUGAGGUGUUUGUAGGGUAUGGUGGCGUGACCCGGCCUGGGCUUGAAUGAAGGAGCGGAAGCCGGCGGCGUCCUCCUCCGCGCUGGCCCGGAUCCUCGCCGCCUGCGCGUCCCAGGCAAAAGAUUAUGGGAGAUGCAUAGCAGCAAAGGUCCCUGAGAUUGAACAUAAUAUGUGUUCUAAGGAGUUUCUAGCACUCAGAGCAUGCAUGCAGACCGUGGUCAAGAACAAGGUUUGAGGUUCCAUAUUUAUAAGGAGUUCGAUAUUAAAUUUUUUGGUGUGAUCAUUUUGGCUUUCAGUUUCUGUCGACUUGAAAGGUGGAACCUCGUUUGCUUGGUUAAACAAACAGUCUAGCUUAGUCACUUUAAGAAACAAACAAUGCUGGGCAGUCAGAUGCAAGGGAGUUUGAGCAACCCUGGGGCGCUGUCUCAUGCUUAUGUACAGCAUCCUCCACUGCGAUGUGAUAUACCAGACAUCCGGGGACUGUUCUAUGAUGACGCAAAUAAGUUCCUUAUAGCUCCAACAGCUGAUCGGAUAUUGUACUGGAAAAUAGCUCCAUCCACUCCAUCUGGACCUCCAAACUCUGAUCCAGUUAAUGAAGGACCUGUUCUGUCAGUUCGAUAUUCCUUGGAUCAGAAAGCCAUAGGGAUUCAACGAUCCAGAUACGAGGUUGAGUUUAGAAAUAGAGAAACAGGGGAGACCUGCAGCAAAAAGUGCAGAGCGGAUUCUGAAACUAUACUUGGCUUUUUCUGGUCAGAUUGCCCCACAUGUGAUGUCAUAUUUGUUAAAACAAGCGGCCUAGAUCUGCUUGUCUAUGAGCCUCAAUCCAAUGCUCUUCGCUUGGUGGAGUCUAAGAAGUUCAAUGUGAGCUGGUAUCUUUACACACACGAAAGUAGGAUGAUUCUUCUUGCUUCUGGAAUGCAAUGCACACUGUUUACUGGAUACCAGUUUUCUGCUGGUGGGAUAGUCAAAUUACCGAAGUUCGAGAUGAUGAUGUCUAAAAGUGAAGCAAACAACAAGCCUGUUCUAGCUGCUGAUGAUGUUCAUAUUGUUACAGUCUAUGGUAGGAUUUACUGCUUGCAGCUUGACAGAGUUAACAUGUCACUGAAUUUAUAUCGUUUCUACCGUGAUGCUGUUGUGCAACAGUGUACUCUGCCUACUUAUUCAAGCCGAAUUGCAGUUAGUGCGGUUGAUAACAUAAUUAUGGUCCAUCAAAUAGAUGCAAAAGUAGUCAUACUUUAUGAUGUGUCCCUGGAUUCUUACGCACCAGUCUCUGCUCCACUUCCACUGUUAGUGAGAGGACUGCCCAGCAAUAAUAGGCAAGCAUCUCAGACUUCAGAUAGCCAAUCUAGUAGUGCAUAUGGUGGGACGAUCUAUGGAGAAAGCUGGAACUUUCUCGUUCCUGACCUCAUCUGUGAUGCUGAGAACGGGCUCUUAUGGAAACUCAAUUUAGACCUGGAGGCUAUUGCUGCUAGUAGUUCUGAUGCUCCCUCAAUUUUGGAAUUUCUUCAGAGACGAAAGUCUGACCCGAGUACGGUUAAGAUGCUAUGCUUUGCUAUAGUUCGAACAAUCAUCCUGGAGAGGAGGCCGGUAACUAUGGUUGCUAAGGCGAUGGAUGUUGUUCUUGAUUCAUACUCUCGUUUAAUGAAAAUGGGAGGGGGUUUUCCUGGGGUUAGGAGAACACACGAACAAAAUCAACAGUCAGGUGGUCAGCCUGUUGGAGGCUCCCAUGUGGUUUCUCAGGAACCAAGUCGUGGAACCACAUUUAGUCCUGUUGUGAGCCCAGACCAAUCAAGCGGAAUUGAGAAUAGAUCUGUGCAGUCAAAUUCAGUAGUUGAGCAUGGAAUAGACAGGACAUUAUUGAAUACAUCUGCUGACUCUGAUGACAUUAUGAAUAUAUCAGGAGCGACAAGUCAGGCAACAUCAGGUUACCAGACAUCUGAUGCUGCCAACAAAAGGCUGCAAGUUGUAGGCGAAGAUAGCAGACCAUUGUCUUCCGGUACAUCGGUGCAGCAUGGACCACAUGCUGCAAAUGUGGCAAUUUCACCAAUUGAGAUGUUCCAGUCUGUCUUUGCGCUUGUUGAAGACGAAAUGAUGGGUGAACUUACAUAUCUUAUUGCUGUCAUCAUGGAGUUUUUACGGAGUGCCUCAAAGGCUGGGCUCAAGGCUCCUCCCAACCUUUAUGUGAUGAUGGCAACACUACUAGCUCGUAGCAACCGUUAUGCUGAAAUAGUAUUGUUUGUAUCAAAUAAGAUCCUAGAGCCCUCCAAGGAACUAGCGAUGCAACUCAUGGAACUGGGUAAGCAGCACUCGCCAACAAGGAAGCUGGGCAUGGACAUGCUGAGGGAGCGGGGCCUGCACCAUGACUACGUGACCGCAUUACUGCAAGACGGGUACUACCUGGAGUCUCUACGCUACGCCAGAAAAUACAAGGUUAUUACCGUGCAGCCUGCGCUGUUCCUGGAGAAAGCCGUGGCGAGGAACAGCGCCCGGAACCUGGCCGCUGUGCUGAGUUUCUUCAGCGAGUUCACGCCGAGCUUCAAGACCACGCCGGACUUCGGCAGAUACCGGCAUAUCCUGUCGGAAAUGGUUUGAGCGGUUUUCUGCUGUACAAUCUUCUUGGCCCGAAAUGACUUAGCACGUUCUGUAUAACAAGCUACAUUGCUUGGGAUCUUCUUGUUCAAAUAAAUAAAUUGGGGAAAGUCUA